AUGAAGUUCGACGACUUCCUCUUUACCUACUUGGGUGAAAUGGGCAAAUACCAAAAGAUCCAAUUUUUGCUCGUUUGUCUUCCGACGAUCGUCGUCUCGAUGCACGCACUCUCAUGGACAUUCGCAUCCGUAGACACCCCUUACAGGUAAGUACAUUAAAAUGAAUAUGAAAAAAAGGUUUUCGAAUUUUGCAGAUGUCGUUUACCGCAAGAUCCGCAGCAGCCGACCUACUACACAAAAGCGCUGAAUUUCACGAAAUGUACGAACGACGCGGACGCAAAUGUGCCGAUUGGAAAGUUCGGAGAACCCGGAAUCACAGUAAUUUCACAAAACUUGCUUAUUUUUCGCUAAAAGUCAAUAAUUUAAGUGCCACUACGAGCGCUGUUCACUUCCGGACAACGGAACAUGCAGCGAGCACGUUUUCGACCAUUCCAAAGUCGAAUACACGGCUGUGCAGAGAGUGAGUUUGGGGAGAAUCGCGUUCUACCGCACGUCUCGGAUUUGUCCGGUUUCUUGGGAAAAACGAUUCGAAGACCAUUAUUUUGUGUAAUUUACUCGAAAAAUCAGGCAAGUUGAGUUUUCCCACGCUUUUUGUGUGGUUUAAAAACUUUGUUAAAUGUGCGGUAGAGCGUUUUCGUCAUUUUCAUCACAAACAAUCAUUCCGCUCGUUUUUCAGUGGGAAAUCACGUGCGACCGUUCGUGGAUUAAAGCGACGAUUCAGGCGGCGUACUACGUCGGCCAAAUGGCCGGCUCGAUGACUUUCGGCGUGCUCGGCGACCGGAUUGGCCGCAAAAAAGUGUUUUUCCUGGCGAUUCUCAUUCAGAUCACGUGCGCCUACCUCAUCGCCGUCGCCCCGUUCUGGUGGCUUUACGCGAUCGCCAGAGCCGGCACCGGAUUCUCGCACCCCGGCAUUUUUGUGAUCGCCGUCGUCAUCGGCAUGGAACUCGUCGGACCGCAGUACCGAAAGUUGGCUUCCGUCAUCACCGGACUCUUUUUCGCGUUGGGACAGGUGAGCAAUUCGAAAAAAUCCGUUUUUUUUAACCAUUUUAUCAAUCAAUGAAAGUUUGGGCGUUAUUCUUGCGUCAAAAGUGCGUUAGAGCGCUCGUGCAUUUUUAAAAGACCAUCGAAUCUUCAAAACUUGACGAAUUUGGGCUCAAAUUCAAAAUUUGCAGGUAUUCCUCGGAAUCGAGGCGAUCUUCUUCACCAACUACCAAAUUUUGCACGUGGUAAUCGCCUCGCCGGCCCUUCUUUUCCUCUCCUACUGGUGGCUCGUUCCGGAGAGCGCUCGCUGGCUCGUCUCGCAAAAACGGUACGAGGAGGCGGACGCGGUGCUUCAAAAGGCCGCCAAAAUCAACGGAGCCGAACUGCCGGAGAACUGGUGGGAGCAGCUGGACGACGCGAAUUCGGGCGGCUCGUCGGGCUCCGGAAGCAAAAGACUGACCGGUGCCGAUCUGUUCAAGACGCCCGAGCUGAGGAAGCGAACGCUCGUCGUCUUCUUCUUGUGGCCCGUCAUUUCGAUGGUCUACUACGGAAUGGCGAUGAAGGCGAACGUGCUCGGCGGCGAUAUCUACGUCAAUUUCAUCUUCGCCGCACUCGUCGAAAUCCCCGCCCUUUUCAUCGUUUAUCUUCUCAUUGAUAGGUUCGAAAAAGCUGCAAAACCUCGCCUAAAACCUUGAUUUACUCUAGAAUCGGCCGUCGUUUCAUUCUGGCUGGCGGUCUGUUCAUUGCCGGCGCGUGUCUUCUUAUCAACUGGUUGAUGGGCGACAACGGUUAGUCUUCUUUUUUAAAUUUUCCUCCUCUUGCUUUUUCGUCAUUCUGGCCGAGCGGUCUGAAGGGCGCAGGUUCGAAUCCUGCGAAUGGCAGACUCCUUUUUUGUUUUCAGUCCAACUCUGGAUGGCCGUCACUCAAAUGGCCUUCACGAAGGGAUCCAUCACGGGCGUCUACGCGGCCAUAUACACCUACUCGCCUGAACUUUUUCCGACUGUCAUCCGAAACACUGCCAUGGGAUUCUGCUCCACAAUUGCGAGAGUCGGAGCAAUAGCCGCCAGCUACAUUUCCAUGUGGAUUGUGAGCAAAGAUCGAUAAUUUCUGUACGUAAAACUAUUUUUUAGGCGGAGCAGUUCGGAAAGGUGUUCAUGAUCAUCCCAUUCGGAAUCAUGGCCGUUUCGGCAGCUCUUCUGACUCUCAUCUUCUUGCCAGAGACCAUGGGAAAACCUCUUCCGGAAAGUAUCGAAGAGAUCGAAGAAGGAUCCUCGUACAGAAGCACUCAUGAGAUGCAACCAUUGUCCAAGUCUACCGAAGAAACCGCAUAA